CAGUGAGGACAGAACCUGGAAACCGGAGACGGCGCGAGACCUCAGCGGUGUUGCCUGGCUCCCGCCAAUCAGAGCGCUCCAGUGCGGACCUCGCGCUCUUCGCUUCAUCACGAGCCGCGCUAUUCAGGCGGAGCGGAGCAAGUUCGUUCUGCGCGCUCUCGUUUCAUUCAGUCCCUUUGCUGAGGACGCGGCAAACGUGGGACAUCACAAUGUCAAAGGCAGAUCCCCCUCCAAGUUACGAAGAGUCAAGACAGCAGCAGCAGCAGCAGCAUGGAAGCUAUCCAUACCCUCCCUACGGAUAUCCAGCCCAGCCAGGGGUGUACACGGGCCCCGGGCAGCCUGGCACACAUCCCCAGGCGGGCCAUUGGCAGGGCCCUGGAUACUGCCCUUCAGCAAUGCCAUCUAUGAUGCCUUCUUUCGUAACACCAGGGAUAUUUCCCUCAAACCUAAUUGCAGGAGAUGCAGAGGACAUGUCUUCGACUGGCAUAUGGGACAGCAUGAGUGUCCGACAUGCCUUCAUUAGAAAGGUUUACCUUAUUUUAGCCGUGCAGCUGUUAAUCACUACUUCAAUCAUUGCAGUGUUUGCGUUUGUUGAACCCGUGCGUCUUUUCGUGGUCCAGAAUCCUGCCAUUUAUUGGGCAUCAUUCCCGGUGUAUCUUGUUACUUACCUCAUGCUGGUUUGCUGCGAGGGGCCGAGGAGGCGUCAUCCGUGGAAUUUAAUACUCCUUUUCAUUUUUACGCUCACGUUGUCUUACAUGACAGGAACAAUAUCAAGUUAUUUCGACACCAAAGCAGUGUUCCUGGCCCUGGGGAUCACGGCAAUAGUGUGUAUAAUCGUCACAAUCUUCUGUUUUCAGACCAAGGUCGACUUCACCUCCUGCACAGGCCUGCUCUGCGCUCUUUGCGUGGUUCUUUUGGUGACUGGCAUUAUCACGUCCGUCGUACUCUCUUUCCAGUAUGUGCCGUGGCUGCAUAUGCUGUAUGCCGCUUGUGGAGCAAUAGUCUUUACUUUGUUUUUGGCUUACCACACUCAGCUGCUGAUUGGAAACCGAGCGAACAGCAUCAGCCCUGAGGAAUACGUCUUCGGGGCUCUUUCGCUCUAUGUUGAUAUCGUCCAGAUCUUCAUCUUCCUCCUGCACAUCACAGGAAGCUCUUCCGAGUAAACAGACGGAUGCGUUUGAGCCCGUCUGUCUCAGAAACGGAUCUUUCUUUGAGCUUAUCUUGACUUUUUCAAUCACAUGGAUCUCGAAUAUUACCUGCGAUACUACUGUUAUUUAAAUGAUUUUGUGGUGUUGCUUUAAAUGUCGGUAAACAGAGGUUGCCCAUAAAUGACUGUCACUUUAUUUACAAUAAGCACUUUAUUUUUA